UGUUAUCCCUGUCCUUUAAUCCACACCACACUGCUCCAGCCAGCCCUCAUACCUCAACCCAGACCUGCUGUGCACAAAACACACUUCUCGACACACACACUGAGCUACAGACACACAUACAUCAUAUAAACAUACACACACGCUCAGAGACAGCAUGGAGGACAGUCUGCUGCUGGGUGUGGAGGGGGUCAAGAAAACCAUCCUGUAUGGAGGAACCAAUCAGAUUCCCAAAUUCAUGGCUGGAUCAAAGGUGACCUUCCACUUCCGGACCAUGCUGUGUAACGAUGAUCGAACAGUGAUAGACGACAGCAAAAAGGUGGGCGUGCCCAUGGAGAUGGUGUUUGGGAACAUGUUCAAGCUGGACGUAUGGGAAAUCCUGCUCAGGUCUAUGCGUAUUGGAGAGGUGGCAGAGUUCUGGUGUGAUAUCAUUCACACUGGCAUGUAUCCCAUGGUGGCAAAGAGCCUGAGACGCAUCGCAGAGGGUAAAGACCCUACGGACUGGCACAUCCACACCUGCGGCAUGGCCAACAUGUUCGCCUAUCACACCCUGGGCUACGACGACCUGGACGAGCUUCAGAAAGAACCUCAGCCUCUCAUAUUUGUGCUGGAACUGCUAAAGGUUCAGCAGCCGAGUGAGUAUGAAAGGGAGACCUGGGCUAUGAGUGACAAGGAGAGGCUGAAGGCUGUGCCCGUGCUCCACGGCCAGGGCAACAAAUUAUACAAAAUGGGCCGCCUGGAGGAGGCCAUGAACAAGUACAAGGAGGCCAUCAUUUGUGUAAAGAAUGUCCAGACAAAGGAGAAGGCCUGGGAGGCCCCCUGGCUGAAGCUCGAGAAGAUGGCCAACACUCUCACGCUCAACUACUGCCAGUGUCUGCUGAGCAAGGAGGAGUAUUAUGAGGCCAUUGAGCACACCACGGACAUCAUCAACCAACAUCCUGGGACAAUCAAAGCCUUCUACCUGAGGGGUAAAGCACACAUGGAGGUGUGGAACGAGGCGGAGGCCAAGGCUGACUUUCAGAGGGUGUUGGAUCUGGACCCAGGUAUGAAGAAGCUGGUGAAAAAGGAGCUGACUGUUCUCAGCAUGCGAAUGGAGGAGAAGAGAGAGGAGGAUAGACUGAAAUACAAGGGGAUGUUCAGCGGAGCAGCACCAGCAGCAGCUCAAUCAACUUCAGAACAAACACCAGGAGAGAUGACCACAGACCUGGAAUCUCCAGACAAGCCAACCACAGAACGAGGACUUCCAAUACAAAUGAGUCUAGAGGAAGUGACUCCAGAAGAAAUGAGUCUUCAAGAAGAACCUCCUGAAGAAAUGAGUCUAGAGCAAGAAUCUACAGAGCACACUCAUCCAGAACAAAUACCUCCAGAAGAACUAUUUGCAGAACAAGAAACUCCAGAACAAGAAUCAGUUCUAGAAGAAACAGUUCCAGAACAAGAAUAUAUUCCAGACGAAUUAAUACUAGAUGAAUCAAUUCCAGAAGAAAUCAUUUCAGAGGAAUCCAUUCCAGAAGAACAAUUUCCAGAGCAAGACAUUGCAGAACAAGCAACUCAGGAAGGGUCAAUUUCAGGAGAAGAAUCUCCGGAACAAGAAAGUACAAGACAAGCAACUCCAGAACAACCAUAAGAAGAAGCAUCAGAACAAAAGAUGCUAGAGAUGACCCUAAGGGAUGCUGAAGACUCUUGAAGGCACAUAAAAACAUGUCUGACAAAUAUUUGUUGUUUUCCUAUUUAGUGUUAAAUACAGACAUAAAAAAGUUUAAGUGUUUUUGUUCCAGUAAAUGUUAUAUGUGCCCAUUAGAAUUUAGUUUAUUUAGUAUAUUUACACAUUGUUACACAUUUACUUCUUGAGUGGCAUCAUAUUGAAGACUAUUAUAGUAGAGCUGAAAUUGUGAUAAAGCAAUUUGCUUAAAUGUAGUGCCUGAAGUGGAGCAAAAAAGUGCUGAUUUUCCCCAGACAGCAUAAUUGGCCAUGCUCAUUCUGGAUGGGUAGAUGGGACUAUCUGCUGGCCAGCCCAGACAUCCACUGGCUGAUGUCUCAGAGUGAAGGACCUGGUGAUUUCCUUAUGGAAAAAGGGGCAGUGGCUGGCAUUACAUGUAUCAAAGGGGGCAUGCACUUGUCCUCACCCCUAUUGCCAGGAGCAUUAUAUGGCUAUGAAAAUUGGGUAAAACCAUUAACUGUUUUACGGUUUGUGAAAUGUCCUGAAAUUAAAAUGUAAAAAAUCUUAAGACAUCCUGAUUGGUUUUCCCUGCUUUAAAUAGCUAGACUGACUCUCUGUUGUCUCACCUUUUUCCUGUGAGAUUCUGAUUGAAAAUAAGAAAUAUGUAAUAGUUUUGUUGCAAAUUUUGACUCUUUUCCAGUUCAUGCAACAAGAAGGUGAGGCAUAAAAAGGACUAUUUAAUUAUACGAAAUCCAGGAAAUGUUUGAUGUAGUAGCAGCUUUGCAUUGAGUAGAAUGUAGAAGUGUCACUACUGUAUACCAAUGCGAAUCAGCCCACUUCAAGCACUGAAUAAAUGAUUGCAAUGAAUGUAAUACGUAUAUAUCUGAACUUUUAUAUCGUCGCUGUCCUAUGAAAAACACUUAUCUCCAUUUUUGUCGAUUUUUAGUUUACUACAUAAUUUGAACAUACAAACUUUCCCUUACACUGUGCCAAAAUUUCUUGAUGAACGGACCAAUAGAAACUCUUCAAAAUGACCUGAAAUAAGCUCUUUUUACAUUGACUUCCAUUGAAAGUUGACAAGGUUUUUUCUCUCUCCUGUAAAGUUGCUGUUUUGGAGAUAAGUGUUUUUCAUUGGACAGCGACGAUAUGCAGCUGAGCAGCAUUAUGUAAUAAAGCCAAUCCAGACUACUCCUGUGAAAA